AUGCCAGCUGCUGAUGAUCUUCGACUGCUGUCUAAGCAGGAGCGUGCUUUGCGGAUUUCUCUAGACAAUCUCAAGGAAUUUGUUCAAACCAAGCACGAAGGGGUGGAUAGACGUGCGCUGGACUUACGAAUUGCCAAGUUAGACGAAAUCUGGGAAAAGUUUAGCAAUGUGCGAAUGCGGAUCGAGCUGCUAACCGAUGAUGUUUCCGAUGGAGAGGCGGACCCUGAGGAAACUGAACAAGCCAAACUACAGCGACACAUCAAGGUGAAGAAGCAACAAGACAGCAACAAUGCUAAGAUUCUGAAGGAUUUCGAGAACGACGUUUACCAUUUGAAGGAAAUUAUGUUUGGUUUACUCCAAGCUGGUUCGAGUAAUUCAUUGCAGAUUCGGCCACAUGCACCUGCAGUGGUUCCCCAAUCGAAAGUCAAACUCCCAGAGCUGAAGUUGCCAAUCUUCAAUGGAAGGAUGUCGGAUUGGGUCACAUUUCGAGACACGUACAAAAACCUGAUCCACAACGAUGUUAGCUUGUCCGACAUGGACAAGUUUACUUAUUUGAGAACGUCUCUCACUGGAGAUGCCCUGCAAGAGAUCGCAUCGAUUGAAAUUUCGUCCGCCAAUUAUGCGAUCGCGUGGAAUGCAUUAGAGAACGUCUACGAGAACAAGAAGCUAUUGGUGAUGACACACCUGGAUUCCUUGUUCGCCCUUGGGUCACUUCGUCAAGAAAAUUUCGAUACGUUGAGUAAGCUAGUCAACGGUUUCGAGAGGAACCUCCAAAUGCUCGCCAAGAUUGGUGAGAAUACUGAAGGCUGGAGCACGCUACUGCAGUACAUGCUCUGCAAGCGUUUGCAUCCCACAACGUUGCGGCAGUGGGAAUCAUACUACAAUUCGAAGGAAGUUCCAAAGUAUCAGGACUUAUUCCAUCCGGAUCUGAAGAAGCCAUUUCGUCCAACAAUCAGUCAUGCUGGAAUCCAAUCAAACUGCUGUCCAUUCUGCGGAGAAUCAGCUCACUCCGCCUUUAAGUGUAUCAAGUUUUCGAAGAUGCGGAUUUCGGAGAGGCUCGACGCCGUGAAGAAACAUUUGCUUUGUUUGAAUUGCCUGUCAUCAGGACACUUCGCACGAUUCUGCACCCGGGGAUCGUGCUUCCACUGUGGUCAACGGCACCACUCGUUACUUCACGCGAACUCGUCGACCAUCGCGAAUCCGUCUGCCAAGUCAGGACAGUCAAAUGGGAAUCUGUCAUCUAAGAAACCACAUGGACAGCAACCACUACAAGUUAAGCCAACACAAAUCGGUCACUCAACACACACUCAGCAUACACAAGCUGGACGCACAGAACAACUAAACUCCACACAUGCAAGUAACGCUCAUUCACACUUAUCCGCCACAGACGGCCCCAGUACAAGCCUACACACUGCUCCAUUAGCUACAACAAAACACGUUCCGCACACCGUUCUUCUCUCUACCGCUGUCGUAAGCCUUUACGAUCAGUUCGGUAACUCUUUGCUUGCUCGUGCAUUGCUGGACUCUGGUUCUCAGCGAUGCUAUAUGUCUGAAACCGUUUCGCAAAGGCUCAAGUUCAAACGAACUCGUGAGCAUUUACCAAUCGUCGGCAUCGGUGGAUCGCGAACUGCAUCAACUCAAGCAGUUUUCGCGGAAGUUCAUUCGCUUGCUACAAACUAUGUGGCAAAUCUUAAGUUCCAUGUCUUGCCACGAGUAACCGUCGAUCUUCCAACACGAAGCAUUGACAUCUGUUCCUGGAAUGUGCCGAAGGAGAUAGUGUUAGCCGAUCCAACGUUCCACGAGUCUGCAGCUGUAGAUCUGAUUAUAGGAGCAGAAGUAUAUCUGGAGCUGAUAAUUGCAGAGCGUCAAAUGAAGCUGGGAGAUUCUGGUCCAAUUUUGCAAAAUACUCUUUUGGGUUGGAUAGUUUCUGGAGGGAUUCCGGAUGAGUCAGCUGUUUUACCAGUCGUGUCAUCGUGUGCUGCAGAGAAUAUUGAAGAAGGACUAGCACGGUUCUUUGAGCUGGAAUCGUGUCGCACCACCAGCACAUUGUCACUAGAAGAGUCGGCAUGUGAAACACACUUUGAGAGAACGACGACGAGAGACUCUACCGGCAGAUUCGUUGUUCAGCUACCCAAGAAACAAUAUCUCGUUGACCGCUUGGGAGAUACUCAGCUAAUCGCUACUCGUCGCUUCAUGGCUUUGGAGCGCAGAUUGGAUACCGAUCCAUUCGUGAAGAAGAUGUAUUCCGAUUUCAUCAACGAAUAUCUUCGGAUGCAGCAUAUGAGUGAGAUUUCAGCACGAGACCUAAGCACAGUUCCGGUAGCAUACUUCCUACCGCACCAUGCGGUAUUAAAGCCCGAUAGCACAACGACCAAACUGCGUGUCGUGUUUGAUGCGUCAUGCGCUAGCACGUCUGGAGUUUCAUUAAAUGAAGCUCUCAUGGUGGGUCCUGUGGUUCAGGAUGACCUAACUUCCAUAACACUACGUUUCAGACUGAGGAAGUACGCGAUGACAGCAGACAUUGAGAAAAUGUAUAGGAUGAUCAAGAUGCAUCCGAUGGAUCAUCCACUCCAAUGCAUAGUAUGGAGAGAGGACUCAACCAAGCCGAUUCGAAUGUUCAUGCUGACCACAGUCACGUACGGCACGUCCUCGGCACCGUACUUGGCCACGCGUUGCCUGAAGAAGUUGGCGGAGGAUGAGAAGAACAACUUUCCUGCCGCCACUGAUACGAUUCUCUACGAGUUCUACGUCGACGAUAUGCUGAAGAGCGUUGACAGCCUUGAAGAAGCUGUACAAUUGUCACAGGAUCUGGAUCGAAUUAAGACCCUUGGAAUUAAAUGGGAACCCCGUUCAGACAUUUUUCGGUUCACUGUACCUCAGUGGAACCCUGCUACUGAGAUCACCAAGAGGAUCAUAUUGUCCGAUUUCGCGAAGCUUUUCGAUCCGUUAGGCCUGGUUGGACCUAGUCUUGUUCCAGCCAAGGUAUUUCUCCAGGAUCUUUGGAGAACAAAGUGCUCCUGGAACGAUAUUCUACCCGAAGAGCUUCAAGUGUGGUGGAGAGGAUUCAGAGAAAGUUUGGAAGGUCUGACUUUGUUGCAAGUACCUCGUUGGAUCGCAUUCGGAAGCGAAACAUUGUCCGUCGAGCUUCACAUGUUCUGCGACGCAUCCCAGAAGGCGUAUGGCGCCUGCAUCUACCUCAGGUGUGUCUCGUUCGAUGGUACAGUUUCGUCAUCACUGGUUACCGCUAAAUCUCGUGUAGCUCCGCUUGAAGACCUAGAGAAGAAACGAAAACAAAUUUCGAUUCCACGAUUGGAGCUCUCGUCUGCACUCACAGGCGCACAUCUGCACGAAAAAGUCGUCCAAAGUCUCAAGAUCGCAGUUCAGCCGUAUUUUUGGACCGACUCAAUGAUCGUUAAGUGUUGGAUCGCAGCGCCUCCGUCUCGUUGGAACAUUUUCGUGGCCAACAGGGUGUCUGAAAUUCAGCACAUCACACGUGGAGGUAUCUGGAAUCACAUAGCCGGCUUGGACAACCCGGCCGAUGUUCUAUCAAGAGGAAUGGAUCCUCAUCAGCUGAAGGAUUUCCAGAUGUGGUGGCAAGGGCCACCUUGGUUACGGUUAGACAAAACCUUAUGGCCGACAUCGGCUAACAUAAAUCACGAGGACCUAGAUCCUCUAUUACUCGAGGAACGCACAACGGUAUCGGCUCCAGCGCAAGUUAUUGAACCUAGCACAAUCUUCAGCCUUCGAUCGUCAUUACAAGAUUUAGUUCGCAUCGUAUCACUCAUUCGGAGGUUUGUGCACAACUGUCGAAACACUAGUGACCGCAGAGUAGACCUAGUGCGACUUGAAGAACGAGAAGCAGCUUUACAUCAGUUACUGAUCCUAGCCCAAAGAGAAAGUUUUCCAGAAGAACUAGUCGCGUUACGUAAGAAUGGAGAAGUCAAACCUACGUCUCGCUUAAAGCAACUAUGCCCUUGCUUGGUAAACGGAUUAAUCCUCGUCGGCGGCCGGCUUCGAAACGCUAACAUUUCAGCCGGUCGAAAGCAUCCUAUAGUUAUGGAUAAUCAGCAUCCUCUUUCGAUCCUCGUUGCGGAUUACUAUCACAAGAAAGCCCUGCACGCUGGGCAACAAUUGCUCAUCGCCAGCAUGCGGGAAAGAUACUGGCCGAUAGCAGCUCGUAGCUUGGCAAAGAAAGUUAUUCAUCGGUGCAUCAAAUGCUUUCGGGCUCGACCGAAGAGUUCCGAACAACUCAUGGCAGAUUUACCAGCUGAGCGGGUCAAUCCAGCUCCACCGUUCCUGCGCGUGGGAGUGGACUACUGUGGUCCGUUUUAUAUUCAGAACCCAUAUCGCAAGGGUGGUUCAAUCAAGUGUUUCGUAGCAGUAUUUGUGUGCCUUGUAGUGAAGGCCGUUCAUCUGGAGGUCGUUGGAGACCUCACAACACAAGCUUUCGUCGCGGCGCUGAGAAGAUUUGUCUCCCGGCGAGGUAGACCAAAGAUCAUUAUGUGUGACAACGCAACUAACUUUGUUGGUGCCCGACGCGAGUUAGACGAUCUUCGAAAGCUGUUCAACAACCAAAUACUACGGAACAACACUCUCGUCGGGACCAUGGUACUGCUACGUGAGGACAAUUUACCACCUCUCAGGUGGCGAAUGGGUCGUGUCAGUGAGAUCCACCCGGGGAAAGACGGCAACAUUCGUGUUGUCAAAGUUCGCACGAAGGACGGAGACUUUCUUCGAGCGAUUUCCAAAGUGUGUGUCCUACCAAUUUCCGACAACGACACUCCGUCCACGUCAACUUACGAGAAGGAUUAA